GGGCCACUCAUCCCCUGCACACACCAGUGGAUUGCUAUUGCUGCCCAGCCAAAUAUCUAUCCAGACAGUAUUACGCAACGCUAUGCGUUCGACGGCAGUUCUGACGAUGGACGGACAAUAGAUUGCCUUUACCCUCGCCCAUGCUGACCGCUACCGUUGACUCUACGAGCGCUGUGAUAAACAACAUCCACUGGACGAUGGUCGGCUCGAGUAUUGCGAGAACACCACUCCGUAGCCGAUCGUCGUUGUAAAGAAUGACGUCACUGAUAUUGCUCACCAGAGAACGGAGGAUGGUUGGCUUGAGCUGGUGAACAAUAUCAGAGACAGUACAUCUCAAACCUUUGAUCCGAUCGGUACAAUACCCUGCGUUUUUUUAUAGUUUAAGUGUUAUUAGAAUAUACGUAAGUGAAUUUCAUUUCGGUGUUCUAUUACUCUGGGAAAGAAACCACGGUCCGUCGCGAGUUGCAAGACUUUCUCCAUUAUUCCGGAGAUUAUUGCGUGUGAUAGUUGGUGCUUUGCUUGGUGAAACGUUUGCGGGUCCCGUCCAAGGUCGGAUAUAUCUUCGCUGUCGCCGUUUAGAGCCCAGGCAAGUUCCGGAGCGGAUUUGUCAAUCGAAGGUGGGUUCUGGAGCCGACAUUUGGUCCUUCGAGCCGGAUACGGUGAACCGUACUAGACUGGACGCGGAUCGAAGCGUGUAGGCAAUCCGCCAUUAGAGUCACCAAGGCGCCAAGCUAUUGCCCAUUGUGGAGCUACGAAUAGGAUUACGCCAUACUGUUCGUCCAAGAACAAGAAGUGUCGCUUUGGACAAAGGAAGAAUAGGCUUUGUCCAUACCAACGCCAAGCCGUGGAUUCAACGCUCUCCUGAGGAAUUCCUGUACUAAGGAAUAGGGAUCAACACUGCCAGCUUCGGAUUGGGAGACACCACUAAGUCUGCACGACCUGCUGUUGUUCUAGGUAAAUAUUAGAUACUUAGUGUAUGUCUCGUCGAAGCUAGGCAUUGCUUUAUCACUAACACCGUUUUCCAUUCGCCUCUACACUGUGUAUCAACGCUACGGAGCCACGCUGGGCCAGAGUCAACGUCCGAUCUGAUCAUAUUGGAUCUAGCACGAGGAAAGCUGCUACCAAUCGCCCAGGAUACGGAUUUGGCAUCGGUGGUGCCAGUAUUGAACUCUCGUAGGCUGUCCAUUACCGUCGACGACGAAGGGUCGGAAUCGAGCAAGGAGGCUGCGACGUUGGAAGUUGUCCAGGAUUGAAUUCAAUUUGGCUACUUAAUUUUUAUCGAUUUGGUCAUUUUGAUAAAUUGCUGCUCCUGUGACGCUGUUCACUUGGUCAGGUGAGUUGAACAGUAUAUGUGCAGCCGAAGUGAAGAUUUUUGGAUACUACCGCCUUGCUUUUCUCCUCUACUAUCAUCACCCCAUCUGUGAGACUUCAAGUGAUCGACGUUGAUUGACCAGGCAGUUGUUGACGGAUACGGCAGGCUGCGUUAGGAAUCCAUUAACGCCUUCUAAGGUCAGUUAAGCACAGUGUAUGUCCUAGCGAAGCUAGGCAUUUAACGCAGAUUACUACACCAUUAUUUCUCAUCCGUUCAACAUCGACUGCUUCGAGGAUCAUCAUGUCGAGGAGUCAAGCAUCGUACAAGGUGCUGGUGGCAAAGUUUAAUGACGUCAUACUCUCAUUCAAUGAUAUCUGGAAGUUCGUCGAGAAGUUUCCGGCGGAUGCUACCGCCAGCCAGAUUACUGUCCGUUUGGACAGGCUCGACGACUUGUGGGAACGGUUCUCGGAAUAUCUCAUCGAGAUCAAAACUCACGAUAACCACGAUGAUGAGGAGAACCCUUACGUAGCUGAGAGACAGAUGUUUAGUGAUCGCUACUACGAAGCGAAGGCGUUCCUGUUGGAAAAGGUUAAGUUGAAAAAGGAACCAGAGGACCUGAACCAGUCUGUGAGGGGUCUAAACACGUCUGGUCUUGGGAACCUUGAUCAUGUAAGGUUGCCUCAGAUCAAGCUUCAAACCUUCAGUGGGAACAUAGAGGAAUGGCUCAGUUUUCGGGAUCUGUACUCUUCUCUCAUCCAUUCCAAGGCAGAUCUUCCCGAUGUAGAGAAAUUCUACUACCUCAAGGGAUGUCUCCAGGGCGAACCGAAGAGUUUAAUUGAUUCUCUCCAAAUCACUGGGGCGAAUUACAAAAUUGCUUGGGAUCUACUACAAAAGCGAUACGACAACAGCAAGCACUUGAAGAAACUCCAAGUUCAAGCUCUUUUCAAGCUUCCCAGCUUGACGAAGGAAUCUUCAACGGAUCUUCAUACACUCGUGGAAGGCUUUGAAAAAAUAGUGCAGACUUUGGAUCAAAUUAUCCAACCCGGAGACUACAAGGAUUUAUUGCUGGUCAACCUCCUUUCCGCGCGAUUGGACCCUGUGACGCGCAGGGGGUGGGAGGAGUUCUCUUCUGCGAAGCAACAGGACACGGUAAAGGAACUGACUGAAUUCCUUCAACGUCGCAUCCGCAUGCUGGAAUCACUUCCGGCGAAGUCAGUGGAUACGAGGAGCGGCUCCCAAUCUCAGCAAUAUGUGAGGACCAAGACAUCUUCAGUGAAAACCAGUUUCAGUUCCGUACAAACACCGGGAGGACGUUGCGCAGCUUGCAGUGCCAACCACCCAUUAUUCCAAUGCAGUGAUUUCCAGCGGAUGCCGCUACCUGAGAGGGAAUCAGUCCUGAGAAAUCAAUCUCUCUGCAGGAACUGCUUCAAACCCGGACAUCACGCGAAGGAAUGCCAGUCUAAAUUUUCCUGCAGGCAUUGCAAGGGUCGACACCACUCACUUGUAUGUUUCCGACCGGACAAGGAUAGCUCUGCUCGGUCAUCGAUGGCUUCGAAAUCUCCGAAACCUACUUCGCCGAGGGAAGUACAAGACACCACAACUGCGAGAUCCAAUGCUCCGGUCAAUUCCAGUACGUCUACUUCGUUAGUCUCGAAUAUGGCGGCUAGUGACACUGUAACGGCUCUUGGGUCGGUCCAUAGUGCACAGGUUUUGCUGGCAACAGCCAUCGUGAUCGUCGAAGACAAUAGUGGACAUCGUUAUCCGGCACGAGCUCUUCUGGAUUCGGGCUCGGAAAGUAAUUUCGUAACGGAGAGAUUGAGUCAGCGAUUGAAGACAACACGUAGCAAGGUAGACAUCAAGAUCCAUGGGAUUGGUCAAGCGGUGACCAGCGUCAAGCAACGAAUUGAAGCUACCAUUCGAUCGCGAGUGACGGAUUUCUCACAGCGCGUGAGCUUUCUUGUGUUACCCAAGGUCACGGUCAAUCUGCCGACGUCCUCAAUCAACAUCGCGAAAUGGAACUUACCAGAUGGAAUCGAAUUGGCUGAUCCAUCGUUCAAUGUGUCCAUGAACGUGGACAUGGUCCUAGGAAUUGAAUCAUUCUUCAAUUUCUUUAGGAAUGGACAGCAGAUUUUGUUGGGAGAACAUUUGCCGGCUCUCAACGAAUCAGUCUUCGGCUGGGUUGUUUGUGGUGGAGUGUCUACUCCUAGUCAGUCGCUGAAUAUCAGUUGCAAUAUGUCGACAUCUGAAGCCCUUGAUGAGCUGGUAGCUCGCUUUUGGUCCAGUGAGGAAGUUGGAACGGCGAAGAACUAUUCACCACAAGAAGCACAAUGUGAGGAACAUUUCGUGCGAACGGUUCAACGUGGGGAAGAUGGCCGUUACACAGUCUCUCUACCGAAAAAUGAAGAGGUUUUGAGGUUGAUAGGAGAAUCGGAAAACAUCGCAGUUAGCCGUCUUCAAAGUACCGAGCGCCGAUUGGCAAGGGACGCUGAUCUUCGUAGUCAGUACUGCUCUUUCAUGGAAGAGUAUCUCCAGCUUGGCCAUAUGGAUAAGGUCGAGGUUGGUCAAGUCUCGCCGGGACGCUGCUAUCUACCGCAUCAUCCAGUAGUGAAGGAAGCUAGUACGACAACCAAGGUUCGUGUGGUCUUCAAUGCUUCAAGCGAGACGUCGACAAGGGUGACGUUGAAUGAUGCACUGCUGGUGGGGCCAAUCAUCCAGGAUGAUCUACGAUCCAUAAUUAUGCGGAGUAGAACGAAACAGGUGAUGCUUGUUGCGGACGUUGAAAAAAUGUUCCGCCAAAUUAUGGUUUGUAAGGAGGACAGACCGUUACAAUCUAUCUUGUGGAGACCAUCACCGGAGGAAGAAAUAAGUACGUAUGAGCGGAAAACUGUCACCUACGGUACAAAACCGGCUCCGUAUUUGGCGACCAGGGUUUUGAAACAGCUGUCGGAAGAUGAAGAAGGAAAAUUUCCACUAGCGGCCAAGGCAGUACGGGAGGAUACAUAUAUGGACGAUGUGAUAACCGGUACAGACGACGCGGAUGAGGCAGUGAACAUGAGAACGCAGUUGCAGGAUCUCAUGAAGGCUGGAGGUUUUAGGCUACGCAAAUGGGCAUCCAACCAAUUAGAAGCGCUGGACGGAGUUCUACAAGAAGAUUUAGCGAUCCCAUCAACGAAGGAGAUUUGCUUGGAUCCAGAUCCAUCGGUGAAAACACUCGGUUUAACAUGGAUGCCGGGAACGGACACUCUUCGCUUUCAAUUUACCGUCCCAAGUUUGGUUGAUCUGGAACCGCUGACUAAACGGAAGGUUCUGUCGGUGAUUGCCACGCUGUUUGACCCGAUAGGUCUCAUUGGAGCUACCAUUACGUCCUUCAAGGUGUACAUGCAGCUUCUGUGGACAAUAAGGGACGAAGAUGGAGAACGACUGGACUGGGACCAACCGCUACCCAAAACGGUGGGUGAGACAUGGCGAAACUAUCAUCAACAACUGCCAGUUCUCAACCAGAUCAAGAUCAACAGAUGUGUAAUCAUUCCGAACGCCGUACAAGUGGAGCUGCAUUGCUUUUCGGAUGCGUCAGAGAAGGCCUACGGUGGAUGCAUCUAUGUUCGGAGCGAAGAUUGCGAGGGAAGUGUUCUAGUGCGACUGUUUGCGUCGAAAUCAAAGGUUGCACCUUUGAAGAUUCAAACCAUUCCAAGGUUGGAGCUGUGUGGGGCGCUCCUGACGGCAGAACUACACGAAAAGGUCAGCCAAGCCAUCCGAAUUCCUGUGAGAGCAUAUUUCUGGACAGACUCUACUUGCGUUUUACGAUGGAUAGCAGCAACACCGUCUACCUGGAGCCCAUACGUUGGAAAUAGAUGUGCAAAAAUUCAGCGUUUGACUGAGCGCUGCAAGUGGCAACAUGUUCCAGGAGUCCAGAAUCCCGCAGAUCUGAUUUCGCGGGGGAUAACACCAGAGAAUCUUGCUGAGAAUGUUUUCUGGUGGGAAGGUCCAAGUUGGCUCUUGGACGGCCCAGACAAAUGGCCACAAUCGACAGGAUGCCAACUUUCAGAAGAUGUAGACAUCGAAAAACGUCGUACGGUAGUAGUGGCCAUGACGGCUACCAUCGAUGAGUUUAUGCCAGAGUACGUGGCCAAGUUCUCAUCAUAUUCAAGGCUGAUUCGAGCUACCGCUAUUUGGAAACGGCUGAUCACACUUCUCAGAACACCGAAGAAGGAUAGAAGGAGAAGUUUUCUGUCCACCGAGGAGCUCAGAGAAGCCGAAUACACUAUUAUUCGACAAAUUCAAAAGGUUACUUUCACCGACGAGUGGAAGGCCUUAUCGAAGGGAGAACCUGUGUCGCAAAAAUCUCCGUUGCGUUGGUUUCACCCAUAUGUUUCACCGGAAGGAUUGAUUCGUCUCGGUGGUCGUUUAGAGCAUUCUGCAGAAACGAUCGAUUUCAAACAUCCAAUACUACUUCCGAGAGAUCAUCGACUAACCCGGCUACUCGUGGAAUACUACCAUGAGAGAUUACUGCAUGCUGGCCCCCAAUUGCUUUUAAGCACUAUUCGACAGAAAUUUUGGCCGCUAGGAGGCAGGAGCAUUGUACGACAGGUUGUCCAUCGUUGCUACAAAUGCUUCAGAGCAAAACCAUCUCCAGUGAAGCAAUUCAUGGGGGAGCUGCCUAGGGAACGAGUAACGGUAUCACGCCCAUUCUCCCGGACGGGCAUAGACUUCUUCGGACCAGUCUAUGUCAGGCCAGGACCAAGACGAACAGCCGUAAAGGCAUAUGGCGCUAUCUUCGUAUGCUUUGCGACAAAGGCCAUACAUAUAGAGCUAGUCUCCGAUCUAUCAACCGACCGGUUCAUCCAGGCGUUACGGCGGUUCAUGGCUAGGCGAGGAAGAUGCGCAGAAAUAUUUUCUGACAAUGGUACCAAUUUUGUCGGUGCACGGAAUCGAAUGCGGGAUCUGUUACAAUUGCUGAAGGAUAAGGACCACAAGGAGAAGGUGGAUAACUAUUGCCUCGAUGAAGGCAUAAAAUGGCACUUCAGUCCUCCAAGUGGGCCUCACUUCGGCGGACUCUGGGAGGCUGCAGUGCGCUCUACGAAAUUUCAUCUCCAAAGAGUCAUUGGAGAUACUCCAGUGUCCAUUGAAGACAUGAAUACACUGUUGACUCAGGUAGAGUCAUGCCUGAAUUCUAGGCCCAUCACCGCGCUGUCAGAGGAUCCUAGCGAUCUGGAGCCGCUUACGCCGGCUCAUUUCCUUAUUGGCGCAUCACUGCAGGCGCUGCCGGACCUCGAUGUAACCAAUAUCCCGACUAAUCGGUUAUCAAAAUUUGAGGCAGUUCAAAGGAAGGUUCAAGAUUUUUGGAACCGGUGGAGGCAGGAGUAUCUCAGUCAGCUACAAGGACGGACCAAACGCUGGCGCCCUCCAGUAGAGAUAGAAGUUGGCAAGAUGGUCGUUAUUUGCGAUGAUAACCUACCGCCGAUGCGAUGGAAACUAGGACGAGUCGAACAAGUUCACCCUGGACUAGAUGGCGUUGUGCGAGUAGUAACCCUGCGAACUGCUUCCGGGAUCUUAAAGCGUCCGGUGGAAAAAACUUGUCUCUUACCAGAACCUGCAAUGGAGCCCGAAUUCUAUAUGAAGUCAAGAAACUAAAUCAUCCUUUAUCCUUAUUCCCCUCCCUAUCCUGCCGAAGAGGAGUUUGCUUACUUUCUUUCAGAAAUUCUAAGAAUUUCAGGGUGGGUGAGAAUGUUUGGGCCACUCAUCCCCUGCACACACCAGUGGAUUGCUAUUGCUGCCCAGCCAAAUAUCUAUCCAGACAGUAUUACGCAACGCUAUGCGUUCGACGGCAGUUCUGACGAUGGACGGACAAUAGAUUGCCUUUACCCUCGCCCAUGCUGACCGCUACCGUUGACUCUACGAGCGCUGUGAUAAACAACAUCCACUGGACGAUGGUCGGCUCGAGUAUUGCGAGAACACCACUCCGUAGCCGAUCGUCGUUGUAAAGAAUGACGUCACUGAUAUUGCUCACCAGAGAACGGAGGAUGGUUGGCUUGAGCUGGUGAACAAUAUCAGAGACAGUACAUCUCAAACCUUUGAUCCGAUCGGUACAAUACCCUGCGUUUUUUUAUAGUUUAAGUGUUAUUAGAAUAUACGUAAGUGAAUUUCAUUUCGGUGUUCUAUUACUCUGGGAAAGAAACCACGGUCCGUCGCGAGUUGCAAGACUUUCUCCAUUAUUCCGGAGAUUAUUGCGUGUGAUAGUUGGUGCUUUGCUUGGUGAAACGUUUGCGGGUCCCGUCCAAGGUCGGAUAUAUCUUCGCUGUCGCCGUUUAGAGCCCAGGCAAGUUCCGGAGCGGAUUUGUCAAUCGAAGGUGGGUUCUGGAGC